GCGUCUUCGUUUUCGUCUGUCCCCUUUUUUCCUCUUGUUUGAGUUGCAUUUGGCGUGCUUACGAUUUCAUGCUAAGUUUUGCUUGUCAAGCACACAAUUGGGAAAUUCUAUAGAAUAGUAGGCAAAAGGGAGAUUACAAGUAAAAUUCGCUCCAGUAUUUGAAAAUGGAGCUUUGCUGUGCAUUAUCUUGCACUGUAAUUUUAAGUAUUUUUUUAGCUUGCGAGAUUUUCUCUGUUAGAAACUUCUCAAGUCUAGGUUGAUUCCUUUUUUUAUUUAGUUUUACCCUGCAAAAGUUUGAUUUAGUUGACCUGCUUUAACAAUGCAAAUUUCUGUCAAAUUACUCUAAAUUUUGCCUAUUUUUUUGAUGUUAUAGAUUGCUAUUGAGUCCAAGGAAGGGCCGUGAGUGAAUAAUAGCAUGUCUAACCUUUUUUUUUUCAUGUUUAAGGCCGAGAAUCCUGGGUAUCUCCUGUUAAUCUCCUGUUAAUCUCCGCAAUUUGCUAGGGUUUUUUAGUUGUUGUUCACGAGGAUUGUAUUUCUGUGUUUGGAAUGUAUAUUGGCGUACAUGAGGCGUCUGAACAAAGGGGUUGCUUUUCAAGUUAUUCAGAGCUCCUGUGACUCACAUUUACCAGCAGGAGAAGUAAAUCAUUCGAGUUGUGCAAUUAGCCUUUGGGAGCUACUUGAAUCAUAUGUUUGCAGGUUGCAAGAGAGGAAGUUUCAUUUGCGAACUAAUGGGUUACAGGAGCUCUGGUUAGAACCAAGCUGUUAAGAAUAUCAAAAUGUCGACUGUUUGAUCCAUGAUCUUACUAUGACCUACAAUAUUUUGCCGCUGCUUUUUCACUGGUCAUAACUGUCUGCCUUAAUAUUUUUCCUACAAGCAUGCAUAAAUUACUAUGAUGUCAUGUCAAUACUAGACAUGGGUUUGCUUACGCCAUCAUGGGAGUGAAUUUUCAGUGUUGUGGGAUUGGAUUCCAGAAGAUUUCAAAACCUUAUUUGUCUUCCUCAUUCUACUAGCAAGCAACUCCCUUGAAAUUUAUUAUGGAAGAAUUUUUGGAAAAUAUUUUUUCAUCUCCAUCUUCGUGGACAGAGAUGGGUGGAGGUCAAACCAAUAGCAUCCCUGAUGAUUCUAUUGGAGCAUUUCAAGGGGACUUAAAGCUUUCAGCAAUAACCGCUGAUUCACUGCAGCUACAGAGACUUGUUGGCAGCAAUGUUGCUGAAGGUGGAUCUACUAUGUUGCAGUUAAACACAUCUGGCCCAGCCACACCACAAGGAAGCACAUCCCAAUUUCUGAAUCCAGUUGGAGGGUUGUCGAGAACAGCUGUUUCAGUGCCUGAAUUAGCAUCAGGAGGAAGUAGUAGCAGUGAAGCAUCUGGCUUUCAACAAGCUCUGGGCGAUUCUCAUUCAUCACUUCCAGUCUGGAGUCAGUCUUAUGCUGGCUCUACACCUCUUCCCUCAGCACUCGGACAAGUGAAAUUAGAAUCCUUUGCCAUGAAUGGAGAAACUGUUCAUGGUGAAGGGCACCUUUUGGGUAAAAGGUCCCAUCCUGAACAAAAACUGCUUGUCAGAGAAAAUAUAUCCACUACUGAGCACGAUGAACAUCAAGGAAACCUUUUAACUUCUUUUACUGGAGUGCAAACUGGUCAAACUCAGCUUGUUAGAACUGCAGGGACACAAUCACAGCAACAGAAUCUUAGGGCUCAAUGUAUACAAUCAGGUGAGGGAAAUUCUCUACAGCAGUAUUGCAGUCAUUCUGCUGUUUCACAAGUUCAAUCAGGAGCUGGUGGUGGCAAUGCUGUCAAUGGAGCUACACGUCCUCGUGUCAGGGCACGUCGAGGUCAAGCAACUGAUCCACACAGUAUUGCUGAGCGGCUUCGGAGGGAGAGGAUUGCUGAAAGAAUGAAAUCUCUGCAAGAACUUGUUCCAAACUCUAAUAAGACAGACAAAGCUUCCAUGCUUGACGAGAUCAUAGACUAUGUCAAAUUUUUACAGCUGCAAGUGAAGGUUCUGAGCAUGAGCAGGCUCGGUGGCGCAGGUGCAGUUGCUCCGCUUAUUGCUGAUGUUCCACCUGAGGGAUCUGGUGGUCUCAUGUCAACAGCCUUAGGCCAAGCUGGUGGAACCUUGCCUCUGUCACAAGAGGGCCUUGCUUUUGAACAAGAAGUUGCAAAACUAAUGGAGUCAAACAUGACUACUGCUAUGCAAUACUUACAAAAUAAAGGACUUUGUUUGAUGCCCAUUGCACUUGCAUCAGCUAUAUCAAGUUCUAGUGGAAAGUCUCUGGUUGCAACUGUGCCAGGAAAGAGUGUUGAUAGUGGUGAUAGACAGAAAUCAGACAUGCAAUCUGGAGUCUUACCUUAUAGCAACAAUUCAACAUCCAUGGGAGUCAGAGCUGCUCAAUCUGGCAUUGAUGCCUCUAUAAAGGAGAGUUCAAUCAAUAUAGAUGGCAGGGAAGAAACUGUGUCAGAUAAAUCAAAUGGGGUUGCACCUAUGCUACCAUGUGACAUGUCCAAGGUUGGCUCCCAAAACAGAGAAGAAGUGUCCAGGCGAGGCCAAUUAUAAGUCAGUGCAAGUCAAAUUUUCACCAUAUAUUACAUCAUAAAUGUUGAAUGCGCUCUUUUGGAAUAUGCACAGAUAAAAAUUAAUGAUAGUACACAUAUUUGCUUUAUAGUAGAAAAUAUAAUGGAAUGCAAUAGCAUUAGUUUUUGGAGAACAACAAUCAGAUGAACUGCUUUUAAUACCGGGAUAGUUAAGUUCGUUCUAAAUGCUUGUUUUGGCAUCCAUUAAAUUUUUGCUUUCUUUGAUUCCACAGAAGCAAAGUCAUAGGAGACAGAAAUCUUAGGAGCUUUCUUGGAAAUAUUGCUGGCUGUGGGAAAGGGUUUCUUUGUUGCAUCUGUCUGGAAUGUUGAUUAUGCCUUGUAAUCUUAACUGUCCAUGAUUACUUAAAUGGCUUUGGCUAUGCAAGGUCUGGUAGGAGCAUGAUAUGUAAUGUAUAAGCGCACAUUCGAUUUCAAUCAAAUCAGAGCUGGAACACUACUGGCAUAGUGGUGCCAUCCUUUGUCA